AUGGCUAGGGGCACAGGGUGGAUUUCCGACCUAUUCUUUCUUACGUUCCGACUAUGCCUGCCACAUCCAGAAGUCAACGGUCCCUUCGGAAGCAUGUUACCACGGCCUGCAUCCCCUGUCGUGAAGGGAAAGUCAAGAAACUGCGCCAUUCGAGGCAAAACCUGUCGCUACCGACAAAGCGAUGACAAACGGAAAGUCCCCGUGCGACCGGCCGUGGCCGUGCUGGCACGCCGGGUGGACAGCCUCGUCCACUAUAUCAAAGAGCGUGGCCUACAAGUUCCGCCCAUCGACGAGGAGGACCAUCGUAUCUUGAAAAAUGUUCUGGAUGCUUUGGAGCUGGGAUGCGAAGACCUUCUCGCGUUUCCAAACCACACCAGCCCCCGGAGAGGGCAAAACAAUAGUGUCAAUGUUAACAUCGGGCCCACUACGCCCGCGUCCAUCAACAGCGGCGCUCCUCCCACUCAGAUGGACGAGACCCAUAGCGUAGGGCCAUCCCACAAACCGACUGUUCCUCUGGAUGCUCUUGAUCCCUUGUGCGACAAUGAACGGACGAUGUGGAAGGGCUCCACUAUGCAGGGAGGACCGAAGGAGGACGAAGUGGAAGAAGAUGGGGACAGUGACGACGAAGUCACAGACCAGCUCUCCUGUCGACUAGGGAGAUUGCAAGUUACCCACGAUGGUCAACUUCGAUACUUUGGUUCCACAUCCAACUUAACGCUCCUGGAUGCACUCGUUGAUGUCACUCCGCCUAUCGCCAUUCCUCGGGAUGCGCCCGAGUUGCUAGACAAUGCCAAGCUUAAUCAAAACGUCGACGAAGCAUUCGAAAAGCACCUCAUUGAGCUCUUCUUUGCUUGGCAGGAUCCCAGCCUGCAUGUAAUUGAUGCCGAUAGCUUCUGGCGGUCUCGAACACAAAGCCGUGAGGAAGGGCUUGUCACGCCAUAUUAUUCCCGAGCCCUGUCGGACGCCAUGUGUGCCCUGGGAGCCGCCUAUGAGCCCAAAUAUCAUCCCGACUUUGUCACCUUUCCCCGUUCACUGGCGGAAUACUUUGGCGACCGGGCCAAGCUGCUAGUAGAACUUGAACUGGAUAAUCCGUCAAUUGCAACCAUACAGGCCCUGGUUAUUCUCAGUAACCAUGAGGCAUCCUGUACCCGGGAUACUCGAGGAUGGCUAUACAGUGGGAUGGCCAUGCGUCUCACACUGGAUUUGGGGCUUCAUCUGGAGAUGGGCCCGUAUGUGGAAAAGGGAAUCAUUCCUCGUCAAGACGCCGAGGUGCGCCGCAUGGUAUUCUGGGGGGUCUAUUUGAAUGAGCAGUUCUGGGGGUUUUAUCUAGGCCGCUCCGCCCAAUGCCGGAUGGAUGCCGUCACGGUGCGGGAGCCCAUGUCUCCGAGCCCGUUUCCUACCUCGACCUGGAAGCCAUAUCCCGAUCAACUCGGGAGUAGUUCUCCUCCAACCCCCUUUAACCCACUGUGCCAGGAAUGGGUCUCACUCUAUGAAAUCAUGCUCCCGCUCACCGACGUCUUAUACGGCUGUUCAGAGAUCUCUACUCACGCCCUGCAGGAGCUGGCUUCGACAACCGUUAAGAAGUUGCGAAUGUGGCAGGUUAACCUCCCAAAAGAGCUGAAGGUCAAUGAAGGGACUCAUACUGGUUUCCGAUCGCCAUUGCCUCAUGUUCUCACCCUCCAUAUGCAAUACUACCAGUUCAUGAUCCAUUGCCACAAGCCCUACAUCUCGCGACGUCAUAUACAGCCCCAGCCUCCUCAAGGUCCGGGCUCAGGCCAUGCUCGAAAAAUGUGCAUCGAAUCUGCAGUGGCCAUCGUUCAACUGCUCGGCCUCUAUGAGCAGACCUACGGAUUUGACAAGACCAGUAUCCAGAUGGUUUCAUUUGUAUUUUCAGCUGCACUAAUAUUGAUCUUCAACACUGUUCCCGCUAGAACCACGUCUCGAGAUCAACUCCUGGUGAACCAUCUCAAUACUUGCUUUCGGGCCCUUGACCGCAUGGCUAGCUGCUUCGAGAAUGCCCGACGCACCAGCGUUUUCCUGGGCACUUUGCGCCAACAAUGGCAGAUACGCCGGCAGAGACGCCGAGCUCUCGGGGGCAAGUUGAACCUUACGUAUGGCCGUGCGCAGGGCCUUUCGGAAUCGUCGGGGUGGAACCGGGAAGAUACUGAAGGGCCCCCAAACAUGCCGUGUAAGCCUGUGCUCACAGAGAGUUCUUCUACGGGACUAGAUACUGAACUUAGUGACCUCGUGCCAUACUACUCUGUGAUUACUGAUGCAUCCAUAUCCACAGUCGAUUUCAUGGCACCCAAUCUUUGUAACAUCCUGCUCAGUGAAGGGAUCCCUCGCGCAUUCGUUUGA